GAUCGCGAGUACCCGGGCUGUCAGCGAGGACCGUGGGUGUUAUAAGCAUGGCUGAUGGCAUUCGUCGAUUCGUGGCGCUAGACUAAAAUUCGCUCUUUCCUCCCGCGGUAUCCUCAAAUCUCCGCUACCAGAGACGAUCCAAACACGACAACCCUACCGAGAAGCGACGCCCAUGACACACGCGCGACUACACAUACAAACACUCACCUGAAAGCUGCCUUGCAUGGAAGAUCGAAUUCACCGCUCCUCGACAAGUUCUGCUCACCUCAUACGGCCGGAAAUCUGUCUUCACCUCCGCAAUACCAACUUCCGAUGACCUCGACAUUACGUCGCGCGACCUUUUCUUUCCGUCGAUAGAACUUGUCCUUGCUCGGACAACAAACCCCUGCUUUUUAGAGCAACAGCGUCGCGUUCAGAGUAACGUCAACCGACGUCAUGUCGAAACCAUCCGAGAAGCCGCAAUCGCAGCCGCCCGCCAUCAUGAGCGACGAACCGGGCAAGGGCAUAAAACCCCUCGGCACGCCCGACAUCACUAGCCUCGAGCGCGUACGUCAAGUCUUUGCGCAGCCAGUCCUGGCUUCCUUCGUCGCCGGCGGCGUAGCUGGCGCCGUCUCACGAACCGUCGUCUCGCCGCUUGAACGCCUAAAGAUUCUAUUCCAAAUCCAGAGCGUUGGUCGCGAAGAAUACAAAAUGUCGGUACCCAAGGCCCUGGCUAAGAUGUGGAGGGAAGAGGGAUGGAGAGGGUUCAUGGCCGGAAACGGUACCAACUGCAUACGGAUUGUACCAUACUCGGCGGUACAGUUCAGCGCAUACAACGUCUACAAGCGGUUCUUCGAGAGCGAACCAGGCGCUCCACUCGAUGCCUACCAGCGACUACUCUGCGGUGGUCUUGCUGGUAUCACCUCCGUCACGUUUACGUACCCACUCGAUAUCGUCCGAACACGCCUAUCCAUUCAGUCCGCAUCGUUCUCUGAUCUCAAGCGGGAGGCUGGCCAGAAGCUACCGGGCAUGUGGGCACUGCUUACAACUAUGUACAAGACUGAGGGCGGUUUUCCGGCGCUAUACCGUGGCAUCCUUCCCACAGUGGCUGGUGUGGCACCGUAUGUUGGCCUUAACUUCAUGGUGUAUGAGAUCGCCCGUACCAAGUUCACACGCGAGGGUCAGAAAGACCCGGGUGCUAUUGGCAAACUGGGAGCGGGUGCUGUCUCCGGUGCUGUGGCGCAAACCAUCACAUACCCCUUCGAUGUCUUGCGGCGGAGAUUCCAGAUCAACACUAUGAGCGGCAUGGGAUACCAGUACGCGGGAAUUGGUGACGCUAUCAAGCAGAUCAUCAAGACAGAAGGCUUCCGGGGUCUAUACAAGGGCAUUGUGCCCAACCUUCUCAAGGUCGCACCUAGCAUGGCUAGCAGUUGGCUCAGCUUCGAGAUGACACGAGACCUGCUCAUGGGCAAGUGGAACUCGGGCUUCUUGUAGGACAGACAGUCCUAACUUCACCAUCGUCGAAACGGACUAUGGCAGAAGGCAUUGACAGCAAAUGUGACAUUAUGAGGGCUCUUUCGAAGAGAAAAAAAGAUACAUGAAACCGUCCACCGACAGCGAGUGGCAUUGUAUAACGUCAACGAUAGCGAUUGAUACAAAAUACGAGCAUUGCAUUUGGGAAGGAUCAGCACGGCCCGAGGGUCUGAUUUGGGAACGACCUCCCAUGGAUAUAGCGAAGGCGUUUGACAGGGUUUGAGUCAUUGCAAAUUGCACAGUAUUGCAUGCAUUUUUUCCUUCCUCUUCUAUAGAGUCGAAAAUGAAUUCGGAGACGAGCGGUCAUGGAUCAUACAUAGAAGCACAUUCGCGUCCGACAAACGGACAUGAUAUGGCAUGGCUUGUACAACAUAGAUAGUUGAUGAUUGCCAAUGAGAAAUCGGGAAUAACUGAACUGCUUUACAUCAACACUGGCCCUCG